AUGAACCUCCUCGACCUCCCCCCCGAGCUCAUCAUGCUGAUCGCCGAGAGCCUCGACACCCUCUCCGAGCUCAACAACCUCACACGCACCAGCCGUGUCCUCCACCACAUCACCACCAAACUCCUCUACACCGCCAUGGACAAGAACGCCGUCCUGCGGUGGGCCGCCCGCAACGGCCGCAGCACCCUCCUCACCCUCGUCCUCGACAUGGGCGCAUCCAUCGACGCGCCCGACAGCGACGAGCGCACCGCCCUCCACUGGGCCACCACCUACGCGCACGACGCCCACCUCAUCACCCGCCUCGAGCACGGGCAGGAGAUCCACGCCGUCGUCAAGUCGCCCCUGCACACCGUCCCCCGCGACGACGAGUACGCAACACCCGCCAAGAUCCUGCUCGACCGCGGCGCGGACAUUGGCGCGCGACCGUGGUUCCGCGGCCGCCCGGUGCACGUGUUCCAUGCGCCGCUGCACUGGGCCACGGCGUGCGGGAACGUGGCGGCCGUGGAGCUGCUGCUCGACCGCGGAGCGCAGAUUGAGCAGAAGGGCGGCAUGGUGCGGUAUACGCCGUUGAUCCUGGCGGCGAUCAAUGACCAUGAGAGCGUUGUGAGGGUGCUGCUGCAGAGGGGCGCCGAUGUGAGGGCGACGACGAUGUGGAAUGAGACGGCGCUGCACUGGGCGUCGUGGGCGGGGCAUGAGGGGGUUGCCGCGGCGCUGCUGGAGUAUGGCGCGCCGGUGGAGGACUUGGGGUCUGAUGCGCAGACGCCGCUGAUUGAAGCUGCAAGGGAGAAUCAUAAGGGGCUGGCACGCAUCCUGCUCAAGCAUGGUGCAAAUGUGAAUGCGCACAACGUCGACCACGACACGCCGCUCAACAUCGCCGCACAGCGCGGGUUCCAGCGGAUGGUGGCGCUGCUGCUCGAGCACGGCGCAGACCUCACCAUCAAGAACCACACCCGCUCGCCGCUGCACGCCGCGGCCUACAUGGGGCACGAGUCGAUCGUGGCGCUCCUCCUCGACGCCGGCGCCGACAUCGACGAGCACCUCGAGCACGACGGGUAUAACCUCCUUCACACCGCCAUCCUCGGCGACGGCGGUCUCCCGCUCAUACAGCUCCUCCUCGACCGCGGCGUGCAGCCCACCGACACCACCGCCACCGGCCAGACCGCCGUCUCCCUCGCCCACACGCACAAAAAACACGACCUUCUCCGCGACCCAGACGCAUUCCACAUCAUCGUCAAGGCGAGCGUGCAGCUGCUCGACGCCCACGCCGUCCCCGCAACCCACUACCUCACCGACGCACUGCACGCCGCCUGCUCCGCGGGCCUCACCGACAGCGCGCGCAUCCUCAUUGCCGCAGGCGCAGACGUCAACGCCCCUGCCGGCGACCCGUGCCUCUCGCCGCUGCUGUGCACCGUGGCCAGCGGCAACGAGGCCACCGUGCGCUUACUGCUUGCGGCGGAGGCGCACGUCGACGACGCGCACGACGCCGGCGGCUGCGACGCGUGCGGCGAGCUGGGGCUGGCCAUGGUGGGGGCGGAGCGUGUGGCGAUUGUGAGGGCGCUGCUGGAGGGCGGGGCGGACGUGAAUUGUGGGGAUGAGUGGGGGCAGACGGCGCUGCAUCGUGUGGUGCGGGAGGGGGAGGAGGGGGGCGGGGGGGAGGUGGUGAGGUGCUUGAUGGGGUGGGGCGCGAACCCGGAUCAGUCGGACUGCGAGGGGUGCACGGUGUGGGAUGCGGCGGGUGAGGAGGGGUGGGCGAGGAGGGCGCUGAUGGAGGCGGGAGUGGCGGAUCCGUAUCGGCAUUGGAAGGAGGCGAUGGAGGAGAUGGGGCAGUGA